AUUCGAGAGUAGUUGUCAUAGCUCGAACGGUCGCCUGUGCACUUGCGCUAUAUAUCAACUGUAUAAAGUACGGAAAACGCGACUGUAGUUUAUCCUAUACACGUCAACGUCACGUUCCGGACUGCCGUUGCACGACGUAGGAGCCAUGGAUCUGACCGGUUUCUUUCCUAUGCGGUUCGUGCUAUUGCUGACACUUGUUGGUUUAGGAGCAGCUUUCCCACUAAUUUCACAUAUUGCAACUCCACCGCGCUCACGCUUGGUCGCUAAUGAGAGUGGGAGAGAAAGUGUAAAGAAGACUUUGCUAUACCCACCAUCAGUGUUAUCUAAAAGCUUGCAAUUCUUGGGAAGCUUACUACCUAAGUUCGACAGCAGUUCGGUUGAGCCUCAGGGAUCUACUAACCUGAUUGCCGACGUCCCCGUGCCCGCGACAACAAAGCCUGCGGAUGACCGUUCUGCCGGAGUGGACUCUGUGCAAGAUCUUUCACCAGGAACAUCCGUUUCGAUGUCAACCGUUGGUACUCAUGCAUCAGUGCCGGCGAUCGUCUCCACCGUAUCAACUGAACCAACGCCAGCGUCACCGCCAUCGAUUACUAAUAGCAUAAGCGUAACGACUGCAUCCCGUUCGGCGACAUAUAAUGCGUCAGUGGCAAAUGAAACGGCGGGGCCCGACUCUACAACGACCUCGGUGACCGAGUCUAGCACCAGGAAGCAGCCCGACUCUACAACGACCUCGGUGACCGAGUCUAGCACCAGGAAGCAGCCCGACUCUACAACGACCUCGGUGACCGAGUCUAGCACCAGGAAGCAGCCCGACUCUACAACGACCUCGGUGACCGAUUCUAGCACCAGGAAGCAGCCCGACUCUACAACGACUUCGUUGACCGAUUCUAGCACCAGGAAGCAGCCCGACUCUACAGCAACUUCGUUGACCGAUUCUAGCACCAGAAAGCAGCCUAUCUCUACGAAUAUUUCGUUGAACGAUUCUACCAUCGUAGAGCCAUACAUUUUGUCAACCAUUGAGUAUUCUACGAUAGUGACGCCUUCGUCAAUGCCACCGAUCCUUGAGACCUCAUCAGCAACUAUAUUUCUAUCCUCUACUGAGACCGUGCCAGAACAGAGCUCCGAUAUUCCUUGAAAAAGCCGCUGAUAACUCUUGCGUCUACCGAUUCGGCGAAUUCAGCUGGUGUCUGUUUGCGAUGGCGAUGGCGAUGGCGAUGGCUCUUCCAGCUCUGUGGUGAAGUGCUUGGCCGAGAUGUCGUGGUGUCAUUUCCACACGACAUUUAUGAACUUACUAUUAAAUACAUUCAACGCUGAAGAAUUCAGCAAUUUAAAAAACCUGUUAUCACUAGAAAAAUCGGGAUUAUUAAUUUCAUAUUAACUAAUUAAUUUUAUUUGUUUAAAACAAUUAAUAAAUAAUUAGUAGUAGAAAAAAAAUUCGAUUUGGGGAAGUAAGAGUCUCCAUUAAUAGAUUCUUUGUUUGUUAAUUGUUCAUCACCUCACAUAUUAAAGGU